AUGCAUCUUAGAAUGAUAGCGAUGCAGAGGUGCAUUGAUUGUCCCAUUUAUAUGGUACGUCCGGGAAAAUUUGGGACUCGACAAAUGAAGAAAGACAAAGCAGUUAUCGUGGGCUUUGGUAUCUCACUUGUGGGUAUUGCAAGUGUACUAGGCAUUUACUUGCCGCGAUACAGCACAAUGGCACGUCAGGGACGCGAACGCACGUUGCGCAACCGAGGUCUUGCAGAAAAUAGCGCCACUGAGCGUAUGGUAGAGAAGCCAUCGUCUUCUAUGUGGAAAAACAUUGACAAGAGACGUCGAGAAUAA